AUGGUCGAGUACAGCGAUGGCAUGCUACGAAUAUUCUGGCCGAACAACCUCACUCGGACAACCACACCCGGUGUGAUAGUAGGAUGGAAGAACUCGGAACUGGAUUUUUUUGUUAUAACCGUCUUGGAGGAUGUCGAGGUCCGCAGCGUCGAGUCGGCUCUUCGAAUGGGCACUCUCUUCCGGAACAGUCCUUAUCCCGUGGCGAGGAUUUUUCAACUUUGCGACAGGUCCACGAUGCACGUUCUCGGCACACUCAAUCAUCCUGAUUUGCCGCAGACCUUCGAUCCGACGCGACUCUGUGCCUUUACCAUCCCCGGCGAGAACAGGCCUUACAUUUACUGCCCGGCCAGUGCAGGACUGUCAGUGCAAAUCGUUCUGUUCGACCCUCCCAAUCCCACCCAAAUGCAAUACGUCUCGCUCACGCCCAUAUCUCUGGCCUUGGGUCGAGAACGUUCGUCGGACAGGGCACGGCUAUUUUCUCCCGACGAGGUUGAGAUACAAGAGGAGCAAGAGCGGGAAAGGGUGACUCAGUUGGUCAAGAAACUUCGGUUCCACACCGUGGUGAGACAUCAACCUACAGACAAAGAGCUUGCAUUGCAUGCGAUCCUCCGCCAGAUCAACUGUGCGCAAGAAGUUGCCGAUUUGUUGCAAAAGAACACGCCGUUGGUGGGACCGCGGAGGAAACGGAGCCUGUCAGUGAGUGAAAGGGUGGUUGAAUCGGCACAAUCGCUCUACGCGUUCGCGGCUUGUUCGGUCUGGACGUUGUUCAUGACGUACGCCUUUCCGACUCUUCUGUAUCUUUUCAAGAUAGCAAUCAUCGGCCAUCGCAUCGUUGCCGAAGGGAUAUUGCAAAUCCUCGAAUGGCCAUUACCGCUGCAAAGGCUGCAGAUUCCAGAAAGUCGUCGACGACCGAGCGGCGGGACCAUCGCUCUAAAGGACAUUUCGGCCUGUUGCCAGCAAGUGCAUCUGCGGCUCCAGCAAUUCUCCUACUAUCCGACGCAGUAUGCACUCCUUCGACGGCGGCAUGCGACAUGGUCUUCGUUCCCCACCACCAACAGCGACUACAUCCGGUUCUACAACUCGUUAUGGCUAGUUGCGAACGACGUCAUCAUCGGCAUCGCCCUGGGAAGCUUUUUGAACGACAACGCGCAGGCGACGUCGCAAUUUGUCCGAGGAGUGCUCGACGGCUACACCAUUGAGGGACUCAAGCGGAUGAUCCGGUGGCUCAUGUCGUUUCCCGGAGGUUUGAAACUAAACACGGAGCUCGCGGCCUUUCUGGGCGAUUUGUUUCUAUGGGUGAUUGAGUAUUGGUCUUCGACGACGGUCAUGCUUGUCCUACCCCGGCUGCCUAUGAUAGUGUACUUGAUUGCAUGUUCAUCAUUCGCCGGGGCCAGCAUGCCGAUAGCCAUCUUUUCCGAUCUGUUGAGUCUGAUGACGAUCCACAUUUAUUCGUUCUAUGUCGCAAGCGCCCGCAUCUUCAACUGGCAGCUCACCAUCAUCAUCAGCCUGUUCCACCUGUUCCGGGGUAAGAAGCGCAACGUGCUGCGCAACCGCAUCGACAACUGCGACUACGACCUGGACCAAUUGCUCUUGGGUACCAUUUUGUUUACAUUGUUGUUCUUUUUGCUGCCGACCGUGGUGGUCUUUUACUUGACUUUUGCGUCGGCUCGAAUGGCAAUCAUCUCGCUGAAAGCCACCCUCGACACCUGUCUGGCUUGUCUCAACCAUUUUCCUUUAUUUGCGCUGAUGCUCCGCAUCAAGGACAGCAAGCGGUUACCCGGAGGUGUUCAUUUCGAGCUUUUGGACGCCGAGCAGUACAGACUUCCGGACCAACAGCAGCAGCAGCAGCAGCAGCAAGUCGAGAAUGCAACCACUAGUAUCGUGGAUGAUCAAGCAGACCAAGAACAAGCCCAGACCCAAGCCCAACCUCAAUCAGAAGCAGAAGAUGACGACGAAGAAAAAACAGAUGAUGAAGAAGAGGAGGACGACAAACCAAAACCAAACAAAGUCAACAACAUGAACACCGAACAGCAACGACACGACGACGACGACGACAAAUCCGCGUCCCGUUCCAGUUCCAGUUCUUCCGAGGUAGAAAGUAUGCACAGCACCAGCUCUGUCGCAUCAUACAUCCGUCUCUCAUCCACACCCCUCUCCCUCCGACACAUCUUCGAACAAUACUUCCAACUGUGGGCCCGCAUCCGGCAACACUAUUUAUCCCCAAAAGUGAUCCUCCGACUUCUCACGGGCCGGUUUGUCCCACCCCUCGGCCGCAGCGAGAUGUAUGGCUUGCAGUAUUCUGUUCUUCCGAGGGAGAGGGCUACGGUUUCGGAGGUAUGGAAGAUUUUGAGUGCUACUAGUAGUAGUGAAACCAACUCUACUACUGGUACCUCCGGCAGCAAUUCAGCGGCACACCGUACAAGUACAAGAAGUGGCUUCGACUUCUCGGCCCAGUACCCUUGGACGAACGGGAAUGGACAUGCGGAAAAGGGUUGA